UGAAUAUAAAAUAUAUAGUGAGUCAGGAUGAUCGUGUGAUUUAAAAGAAAAUCUGAGAAAAUUAAAUAUUUUAUGAAUGUUCCAAGUAGUCUUGUAAAAUGUAAUGAAAAAAAUCUUAUUAAAAAUAGCCAAGUCAUGAGUGCAUAAUGUAAAAUAAAUAUCGUAUAUUAAUAUUUAAUAUCCAGUCAUAAAAAUUUCAUGUGCUAAAAUCCUUUAUGAAAAGUGGGACUGAUUAAAAAUAAACUCAUUCAAACCUUUUUUAGUAUUUUUCGGGGAGCAGAGUUUGUUCACCAGCACUAUGGAGUAUUUCGUCACUCGUGUUUUUGUAAACAAGCUGCUCGUGUUUCCCGAAGCAGAGGACGGGCCGUCUCGGGGGAAAAGCAGCGUGUUUGUCUUCCGGAUCAAUGUGCGCAUGCGCACAGCUGUGGUCCAAAACGGACUCAUGCGGAUUUAAUACGGCCGUAACUCGUUUCAUUUCCCUCCUCAGCCUCUUUGACUGGGCCGGGUAAAGUCAGUACGGGGGAUAACGAUAACGUGGUAAAUAUUAAAUAAAUAAAAAAGAUUUCAAGAGAAAAGAACAAACAUGGGGUUCAACGCUCCCAAAUUAGGAAAGGAAUCGAGGAGGCACAAAGACCUGAAUUCAUGUUCACUCAUAAUUUAUCACCUUUUAUUUGCUUUGCAAACAAUUCGUGGCUGAUUGCAGGUCCCAGGAUGUUGGUGAAGACAUGUCUUUUCUUUCCCUUUUUAAAAAAAACAGCACACCAGAAACAUUUUAGUAUUUAAAACAUUUGUAAAUACUAAAGAAUUGCAAAAUGAAUUAUAAAUAAUACAAAUCAAAAAACCCACCCUCCCCCCCAAAAAAGAAAAAAACAAAGAUGACUAAAAUGUUUAAGACAACGUAACAACAGAAGUAACGUUUACAGAGAAAGCAACGAUUUAAAAUCCCUUUCUGGAUUUGAAUUGUAACUAAUACAAGCGAGUAUCACAUUACAAUUCAAAUGUAAUAACGCUUAAAAAACUCUUUGGGGAAAUGGCGAUCUGCACGGUGACCUUUGACCAGUUAUUUGUUGAAAGUGCUGCUCGGCAACAGCCCAGUCCAUCUGUGUGAAGCCUCCGUCAACACACAGAUGAUCACAUGACUCAUAAUCCUGAUGCACCCCGUUGACCCCAAAGGUCAAACUAAACCUUCACGUCUUACUGCAGCGUGAACAUUCAUAAAUUAAAAUGCAGUUUUGCAUGGACGCUCUCUGACGCGCCGCCACACUGCAGUUACAUUAAAUAUGGUUUUGGUCAAGCCUGAUUGUUAUAAAAGCAAAAAUACUUCAAUUAAAAGCAUAAAUAAAACGCAAUUAAUGCGUAAAAAUGCAGACGUGCUGCGUGCAGGUUCACAAUCCGUCAGUCCUGAGCGCCUUUAAUAUGAGAAGUAUGUGAAUCGAUAUUAAUCAAAAGCACCGUCGCUCACUGGAAACAACAAAUAUAAACGUUCCGCUGAAGAGAGGAAAUGCAAAAAGCUGAUAAUUGUGAUCGUGGAAUUUAAGUUGAACCACACAUUGAAUGAUAAUCAAAAGUCUGACUUCAGAGUGGUUUAAAUUCUCCCUGCUGCGAAUGCAACGUUUAAAUUUAACUGCAGAUCUGCACAAUAAUACUGAACCACUUUAACGCCUGAGAGUCUCCCCGUUGACUCCAGUGCGUUCACGCCUCAAUCAAACCGUCUUUCCUUGAACUAAAAGUGGAAUGAAGACAACGUGAGGUGGUAAAUACUGUGUUUUUUGUGUGUUUUUUUCAUGUUUUUCUGACAAGACAAACCGAGACGGACCCAGAAGAGCCGGAUCAGUAACGUGAAGUCACGAUGGAGGGCACCGAGCGGCUGAAAGACGAGUCCUCCCUGCAUAAAGCCCGCGCCGGUGGGAAACGGACCGGCAAGACGUCUGACCGGGACGUCGACGAGGACUUCCCUUUCCCCGGCUCCCUGGUUAUAAAAACAAAAACACGAAACAGAACAACGUCGCCGUGGUUACACACUUCACCAGGUGAAAGGACGCUUCAGUGCUUCAGCCGCACGAGAUAGAAACCUCGACUCUGCAGUCGGGAGAGUUCAUCCUCUCGUGGUUCAACUAGUUUUUCAAGCCACACGUAACACACGAACGCCACAAAAUAAAAAUAAAUUAAAUUAAAACAAACGGUGCUUGCAUCCGUGCAUAACUGUGCACGUCGGGCGAAGUCUCUCCGCGUGCCGCGAAGCGUUUUAUUGCACUCUUAACUUAAAAAUAAAUUUAAAAAUCCUUGGAAAAAAACAAGUCCAAGAGGCUUGUGCAAAAAAAAAAGAAGAAGAGUAAGUUUCAUCUCAAACAGCAUCACCGGCAUCUGGACUGCGAUUAAAUAAUAAAAUAAAUUAAAAAUCCUUGCCGGAUUAACGCGGGGUCAGGCAGCAAAUGCUUGAAAGGGUUUCCAACGUUGUGCAGAGGAUGCCAGGCGGAGGAGGUGAGGAGGGCGUGGCCUGUGGAGGUGAGGAGGGCGUGGCCUGUGGAGGUGAGGAGGGCGGGGCCUGUGGAGGUGAGGAGGGCGUGGCCUGUGGAGGUGAGGAGGGCGUGGCCGGUGGAGGUGAGGAGGGCGGGGCCUGUGGAGGUGAGGAGGGCGGGGCCUGUGGAGGUGAGGAGGGCAUGGCCUGUGGAGGUGAGGAGGGCGUGGCCUGUGGAGGUGAGGAGGGCGGGGCCUGUGGAGGUGAGGAGGGCGUGGCCUGUGGAGGUGAGGAGGGCGUGGCCUGUGGAGGUGAGGAGGGCGGGACCUGUGGAGGUGAGGAGGGUGGGGCCUGUGGAGGUGAGGAGGGCGUGGCCUGUGGAGGUGAGGAGGGCGUGGCCUGUGGAGGUGAGGAGGGCGGGGCCUGUGGAGGUGAGGAGGGCGUGGCCUGUGGAGGUGAGGAGGGCGGGACCUGUGGAGGUGAGGAGGGUGGGGCCUGUGGAGGUGAGGAGGGUGGGGCCUGUGGAGGUGAGGAGGGCAUGGCCUGUGGAGGUGAGGAGGGCGUGGCCUGUGGAGGUGAGGAGGGCGGGGCCUGUGGAGGUGAGGAGGGCGUGGCCUGUGGAGGUGAGGAGGGCGGGGCCUGUGGAGGUGAGGAGGGCAGGGCCCCGCGGGGGACGACCGCACGACAACAGGAACGCAGUCGGCCGCGGACCAGCGAUGGGUCGGUGGAAUAA